AAACCUAUCAAAAGUGGCGUUCCACAGGGCUCUGUCCUAUCACCCACUCUCUUCCUGUUAUUCAUCAAUGAUCUUCUUUCCAUAACAAACUGUCCUGUCCACUCGUACGCCGACGACUCCACUCUGCAUUAUUCAACUUCUUUCAAUAGAAGACCAUCACAACAGGAAGUACACGACUCCAGACUGGAGGCUGCAGAACGCUUAAGAGGCGAUACAAAGCGGAACAGAUCAGAAAAAGAAGAAGGAUAAGUGAAGAAAUGUUGGCCAUUGCAAAGGCUAUCAGAAAAGUCAAGUCUUCUAGUAAAUGGUGAGGCUAUGGACGGGGAAGGGAGGGCCGUUAAGAGGAUGGCAACGAGCGUACGGCGGCGGAGCACAAGCGACGCAAACAUCAUUCAAACGCGUCACCCGCAGCCUGUGAUUACAGCCCCGGACUGUGGCAGUGUUCAGCGAUGAUGCCAUGGCGGUACUUUACAUUGAAGCAGUGCCGUGAAAAAGGUCGUUAAGGCAGGUGCAAGCCAACAGCAGCAGCAGGAUGAGGCCAAGAGUUGUGCUGGAAGGUGUGGCUGGUCAACUCUGGCCUGGCAAGUAUGAUCUGGCCACCCACAAGACAUCUAAAAAGCUAACGUCACUUCUGGACAUAUUGGGCACAGGGGACCUGCAGGUAUCGGCAGUGAGCUGUCAUGGCACGUACCUGGCCACUGCCACCCAUGAGGAGGCUGCUAACCUGCUCUAUGUCAUCAGCAUGCUGGAGAACAGAUAUUACCUACUGAAGCGGAUGGCUGAGCGCUGCACUGCCUUGCUCUUCCACCCACACCAGGAGAACCAACUCUUCGUUGCCUCUGCCUCCUGCAAUGUGUAUAGCAUCAAUGUGGAGGAUGGCACAGUGGUGAUGAUGGAGGGGCACAGUCAGCCAGUGGUGGGGGUGGAGGCAGGGUCAAGGUCUCCGGUGGUGCUGACCUAUAACCAUCGAGAGGUGUUGUUGUGGUCCUGGCCCUCCAUGACACUCUCCAACCGUCUCCGCCACCAGAAUCCACUUCCCGUCAUCUGGGCAGGACAUGUGUGGCAGAGAGAUGAGCUGCUGGUAGCCUACAGCAGCGGCAGUGUGUUGUUGUGGGCAGGGCGGAGGAGCACCACAGAGGUACACAUUGAGCCACCCGAGGGGCUGGCCAUAGAGUUCAAGGCCUUUGCUGUGUCAAGAGGUGGGGAGUGGCUGGUUGGGGGAGGGAAGAGCCACCUGCUGGUCACCUACUGCCUUGUUGGCCGGUGCAUAGCCCAGGUGGUGCAGCUCCCAUCCUCCUGCUCUGACGUCUUCCAGCCUUUCUUCCUGCCUGUCGUCCACCCCAGGUACCCCCAGGUGCUGGCCAUUCUCACCUCGAGCGGCGUCCUUAACAUUAUUGACUUCAGCACCGCCACCAAGCUGAAGACUCUGCGGGCCCAGCGCUACUUGAUAGAUUCUAUAUCAGUCAGCGAGUGUGGCAGCUUCAUCGCUGUGACAUACGACAACAGCACCACCAAAGUAUAUCCUGUGAGAGCACUGUUUCCGGCUACCACAGAGAAGGAGGUGGAGCCAGAGGCUUGGAUGAAGGAGGAGGUGGCCUUCCAGAUAGUGGAAAAAAGAGAGAAGGAGAAACAAGAAGAGGAGGAGAAGAGAAAGAAGAGACAAGCUAUUACAGAGGAGAUACAGGAGUUACUUGACAAGAGCAAAUGGUGUAAAAUCCUCCUUGAGUUUGGUUCCUACCCUGACCGUUACCGGCGGCUGGUGUGGGUGUCCGUGCUGGAGCUGCCAAGGAAUUACUCUGUGUUUAGCACCCUCCUGGACAAGGGCAUUCACCCAGCCUACCGAGACCUAUCACAGGCACUGCAGCUUUCAGAUGCUGGGAUGUUCAAGGCUCUGCAAAGAACCUUGUCCUGCCUGGCUCACUGGGCACCAUUCCUGGCCAAGGUGGACUACCUGCCUGAGUUAGUGUUCCCUUUUGUCAAGGUGUUCAAGUCCAACCCUCUCCUCUCCUUUGAAGUUGCUGCCACUGUCAUAUUGAACUGGUGUCGGGUGUGGUUUGUGUUCUGGCCUGAAGCAGGUGUGACGGUGCUUAAUGUGGUGGAGCAGCUGGUGUGUGAGGUAGACCCAACCCUCCUCGCCCACCUCAUGCGACUCAGAGUCACUGCACGCAGCUAUGUCUGGCCCCUCCUCACCUCUGCUUUCUCUAAGGUACUCUCCAGUGAUGACUGGCAGGCUUUAUGGGACCACCUGCUGUCCAGCCCUCCUUCCCUCCUGCCCUGUGUGGCCGCCGCCUUCACCCUCACCUCACGCCGCUCCCUUCUGUCCUGUGAUGAUGCUGAGGAUGUGGAUCUUUACUAUAGCCAGGAGUCGUGGGUCUCGGUGAAGAAGGUUCUCGACAGAGCCUAUGACCUGCACAAAAGAAAGCGGAAGGAACAUGCCUUCAGCAAGAUCUUUGGGGAGUUUGUGCCUCUUCCCCACGAUGGGCUGCCUCUCUUCACCAUUGGGCCCAGACCUGCCCCACUCACCCAAGAGGAAGAAGAUGAAGGAAGACCACACUUAAGGAGGAGCCCCAACACCCUGACCCCCACCAUCAUCAACCCCCGUCACCUCUCCCCCCGCCACCCCUCCUCCCCUCGCUCCCCCAUCAGGCCACACCACUACCACAAGCAUCAGCAGCGGCAGGAGGAACAGGAAGAGAUGGUGUACAUGAUUGCCAAGGAGGAGCUGGAGCGGCAGGAAGACGAGUGUCUUAAUAGCAUCUGGAAGCUGCGGCAGAGACACUUAACAUCUGCCCCACACAACCUGACCUGACACAACUUAGUAUUACCUUCCAUGCCUUGGAGACCAUAUGCUGCCUUCUAUCCAUCUACUUAAUAGGCAGAAAUGUUGUAAAUGUGUUUGCAAUUUAAAUUAUUCAUCUGUUGUUGACUUUCAAGUACAAUCCCAGACACUUUUUUAGUUACUCUAGUGCGGUGGUUCUCAGCCUUUUUUACCCAAUUCACCCUUUCCACCAUGUAUCAAACCAUGUAGAAAUAUGAGCUAUCAUGUAUCAUUUCAGCAGAGGGGGUGAGGUGGAAAGGCUCAUUGGAGGAGGCCCAGGGAGGGGGUUAAGUGUGGCACCUGUAAAUGGGUAAGCCAUUUUGAACCUUAUGGCUCUGGAGCUUGUGGUACAUGGUCCAACAGGCUGCUUGUAGCAGGUAACCAAUGCAUACUGCACUUUGUACCAACCUGGGGAGCCUGAAGGCAAAAGAAAAAAAGAAGAUUCCAAAUGCUUGAA